AUGGCGUCCACUGGACACAGAGAAGACGACGAAGAGAGAGAAGAUAAGAAGAGGAAGAGGGAGAAGAACAGCAAGAACUCCAAGGAGAUGAAGAGGAAGAAGAGAGAAAAGAAGAGAGAAGAUGAGAAGAGAAAGAGAGAAGAGGACAACGAGAGCGGAUCCAAGGAGAUGAAGAAGAGGAGAGGAGAGAAGGCCAGAGUAUUGGAGGAUGAGGAGCCAAGAGCCGGCAGCAGCCAGGACCCUGGAGCACCCAGCCCCUACCCCAAAUUAGACAUCACUCGCUUCACCAUCCAUCAGGUGCUGGGUAGGGGCGGCUUUGGUGUAGUGGUCCUGGCAUCAGUCCCCCGCCGAAACACCUACACGGCCAUCAAGAUUAUCAACAAAAGAGGGGACAAUGCAGCAAUUUUAAUGAGAGAGCGGCGGAUACUCAUGGUGGCCCGAGACUGCCCGUUCCUGUGCCACCUCUAUGCCGCACAUCAGACACAGGAGCGAGCCUAUUUGGUCACCGAGUAUCUGUCCGGCGGCAGCCUGGAGGAUUUAAUCGAUCUGUGCGGCUACUUGAACAUCAACAACGUAAGAUUCUACACAGCAGAGAUUGUGUGCGGCCUCCAGUUCCUCCAUGGACACAACAUCGUCCACCGAGACAUAAAGCCAGAUAACAUCAUGCUGGACAAGGAUGGACACAUCCGGAUCAUUGACCUGGGUCUGGCCCAAGAUGGCGUCACCUCAUCCAGUAAGACCAGUGGAGUGACGGGCACAGAUGUGUAUAUGGCCCCUGAGGUGAUUGCCGGAUUGGAGUAUGACGCAGCAGUUGACUGGUGGAGCCUGGGUAUUGUAGUGUCCAGGAUGUCAUCAGGAUGCUCCCCAUUUUACUAUGGCUCCAUCAGUGACGAGGUGUACAAAUCCAUCACCACAGCCAAGGCAGACAUCCCAUCUUGGCUGGACACCGAUAUACAACAUCUUUUGAAAAAACUGCUGCGUAAAAACCCAGAGAGGCGGCUGGGUGUGUAUAACAACAUCAGAGACCAUCCAUUCUUUAACACCAUUGUCUGGGAGGACCUGGAGGAGAGGAGAGCACAGCCGCCAUGUGUACCAUUCAGGGCAGCUCUGGAGAACAAACAUCUGCAGUGGCCGGAGGAUACCACACCCCUUCACCCCGUGGCCGGAUUCUCCUACAUGUCACCAAGCUUGGCCCGGAUGGUGAAAAGGUCCAAACUGUGAGGGGAUCCACGACCAUCUGGAUCGGCCCGCGCCUCCUGCCCAGAGCUUUGUGCCUCCUGCCCCACGUCUCUGCUGCUGUAGAAGACCUCGGCUUGCCUACAACAUCCUCUCUCUACCAUCUUUAUGCUGCUCAUUUUCC